CAGGGUGCGCAGUGAAGGGGGCAUGGUGGGCCGCAACUUGGAGCGGCUGCAGCGUGAGGUGCUGGGAGUGGUGUCUGCUGCCCAAACAGACCGGGACCAAGCCCAGCAGGGCCAGGCUCGACUCAGUCAGGAGCUGGCCUCCCUCCGAGAGCAACACAAGGCAGCCUGCCAGGCUGCAGCACAGGCCACGGCAGCAAAGAAACUCUGUGAGGAGGAGAUACUCCAGCUCCAGGAGGAACUGCAGGAGGCACGAGAACUCCAGAAACUGACGGGCCAGCGGCUCCAGGAGGCUGAGGACGAGCAAGAGCUUUUGCUCGCUGAGCUGGAGGAACAAGACAAACAGAUGGAAGUGGGCGAGUGCUACACCCAGCAGCAGCUGCAGUCUCUGGACUUGGAGCUGCUGGAGCUAAGAAGCUCCUUCACAACGGCAGACAAGAUGUCCGCCCAGCAGUUGAGAGCCGCCAAAGAGCAGCUCCGCUCCUUACACACCAUCGUGGAGCAAAUCAACCAGGAGAGGGAUGAGGAUGCGGAGGAGCUGGAGGGGUCUAGGGUUCUAGCAGCCGAGAUCACUCAGAACCUGACCAAAGCCGAGGCUGAGAUCCAGCUGCUGCAAAAGCUACUGAAAAAGCUACUGAAGUACAGGAUGCAUUUGAUGGACCAAAAAAGCCUGGGGGGUAUUUCAGAUCACAGCAUCCAACAGCAGGAGCUGGAUCGACUGAAAUGGGCCUUGACCAGACAAGAGGCCCAGACUAAGCAACUGCGGGAGCAGCUCGCCCUGGCUAGAGAGAACUCCACAGAGAACAGCGGGAACCUGGAGGAGCUUAUGGGGGAGGUGUGUGCUCUCAGGGAAAACCUGGUCCAGCAGAACCAGGUCUUAUCCAGCCUCAGAGACCCUCAUAGGACCAGGGGUCACUGGUACUAUGUCCCAUCAUCCACAAAUGUUAUGAUACCUACAUAAGAGUGCAGGCAGAGGAAAGAGUGCCUCCUACUGGCCCUCCAACACCACUUCCAGCAGCAUCUGGUCUCCCAUCCAGGGACCGACCUGGACUAACCCUCCUUAGCUUCAGAGGCAUGCCAGCAGUGGGAUGCAGGGUGACACAGCGUCUCAAGUAGAAUGUUACCAUUAAGAUGAAAGCUGCAAUGCCGGGGUUCAAGCUGUGGGCCCACUGUGCCACCAUCAGGACUAUUUGGACACAUUGCCUUAGGAUGAGCUACUUCUGUACUCCUUACCACACUAGGCAAGUAACAGAACUCAAAAUCAACCAGAUCAUGCAGAUCAUGUAAUAUGCCUUUGAUAUAUUUUGGACAUGAUAUUGACUACUUUAAACAUCUUCUUCACCUGAACUGCUAGACAGAUUGGUACAACAUUUGGUAUAUAUCAUCUAUGGAUGCACAUCUUUA